AUGGGGAGAGGCGCGGUGGGACAUGGCAGAGAAGAGAGGAUGGUCAGCGGCGGCGGGUGGGGGAGGAGGAGGGCGGCAUUGGUGGUGGGGAGAAGGGAAUGGGUAGAAAUAGGCAUGGCCGGCUAUGGUUGGUGGAGCAAUUGUGAUAUUAUCUCACAAGCACCAAGUUUUCAUAGCUCGAGCAUGGUCAGUUUCUUUCUUACUCUUGUUGUGCUUCUUGCUCAUCUCAAAUCAUACUUUCAUAACCUCACCUUGGAGUUGGAUGUCCUCUGCCAUGGAUAUCCAUCGGAGGGAGGAUCGAAGGACGGUAAUCCUCCGCAGCCGGGCCCAUCGUACCCACCUCCGGGUGCGUAUCCGGGCUACCCGCCACAGGGGUAUCCGCCCCCGGGGGCUUACCCGGGCUACCCGCCGCAAGGUUACCCGCCUCAGUAUCCGCCGCCGUACGCGCCCCAAUACGCGCCGCCACCUCAGCAACAGAAGUCCGACGGCCCCGUUUGGCUGCUCUUUGCUGUUGUUGCCUCUUGGAUGCGUGCUUUUAGUUGA